CUAUAUUCACUGGCUGUCACACAGCAGCAGCAGCAGCAGCAGCUUCCAGGACAAGCGAGCAGCACAAGCAGCAGCAGCAGCAGCAGUAGCAGCAGCACUAAUCCACUUUUCCACCGCGCUUCACCUUCCUUCUUCCUCCGCUCCUCCAGCCCGCAGACAGACAGACAUGAUGGACCUGGAGGUGCGUAAACACGCGGCUCUCCUGCUUCCCAUCCUCUCCGCGGCCGAGCUCCUCUAGCUGUGCUCUGCUGCUGACCCGAAGGACACUGGUAUUCUUUAUACAGAGAGAGACAGAGACAGAAGCAGCAGAAAGAGGGACCACACAGUCGUGACAGCAGAGGCCGUUUCAGGAUAACAGAGAGCGGCUUUUUGUGCCCUCCAUCAUCAUGGCGACUGACUCUCCGGCUCGGAGUCUGGAUGAAAUCGACCUCUCUGCUUUGAGGGAUCCCGCUGGCAUCUUUGAGCUGGUUGAGCUGGUGGGAAACGGCACCUACGGGCAGGUGUACAAGGGUCGCCAUGUUAAGACGGGGCAGCUUGCAGCCAUCAAGGUCAUGGAUGUCACCGGGGAUGAGGAAGAGGAGAUUAAAGCGGAAAUUAACAUGCUGAAGAAGUACAGCCACCAUCGGAACAUCGCCACCUACUACGGAGCGUUCGUCAAGAAGAACCCCCCUGGCAUAGAUGACCAGCUAUGGCUGGUCAUGGAGUUCUGUGGAGCCGGCUCGGUGACGGACUUGAUCAAGAACACCAAGGGCAACUCUCUGAAAGAGGAGUGGACCGCCUACAUCUGCAGAGAGAUUCUCAGGGGUCUGACUCAUCUCCACCAGCACAAGGUCAUCCACAGAGACAUCAAGGGACAGAACGUCCUGCUGACGGAGAACGCAGAGGUCAAACUAGUGGACUUUGGCGUGUCAGCCCAGUUGGACAGAACAGUAGGAAGGAGGAACACGUUUAUCGGGACGCCAUAUUGGAUGGCGCCAGAGGUUAUCGCCUGCGACGAGAACCCUGAAGCCACGUACGACUUCAAGAGUGAUUUAUGGUCGCUGGGAAUCACAGCAAUAGAGAUGGCUGAAGGAGCACCACCGCUGUGUGACAUGCACCCAAUGAGAGCCCUCUUCCUCAUCCCACGCAACCCCGCCCCCAGACUCAAGUCCAAGAAGUGGUCGAAGAAGUUCCAGUCGUUCAUAGAGAGCUGUCUGGUGAAGAGCCACAGCCAGAGACCGAGCACGGAGCAGCUCCUCAAACACCCGUUCAUCAGAGAACUGCCCAACGAGAGGCAGAUCCGCAUCCAGCUGAAGGACCACAUCGACCGCACCAAGAAGAAGAGAGGAGAGAGGGACGAGACAGAGUACGAGUACAGUGGCAGUGAAGAGGAGGAUGAAGAAAGAGACAUGGGUGAACCAAGCUCCAUCAUCAACGUCCCCGGAGAGUCGACACUGAGGCGGGACUUCCUGCGCCUCCAGCUGGCCAAUAAGGAGCGCUCGGAAGCGCAGCGGCGGCAGCAGCAGCUGGAGCAACAGCAGAACGAGGAGCACAAGCGCCUGCUGUUGGCUGAGAGACAGAAACGCAUCGAGGAGCAGAAGGAGCAGAGGAGGCGCGUGGAGGAGCAGCAGCAGCGAGAGCGCGAGCUGAGGAAGCAGCAUGAGAGGGAACAGAGGAGGCGCUACGAGGAAAUGGAGCAGCUCCGUAGAGAGGAGGAGAGGAGGCACGCGGAGAGAGAGCAGGAGUAUAUCCGUAGACAGCUGGAGGAGGAACAGAGGCAGUUAGAGAUUCUCCAGCAGCAGCUACUACAGGAACAGGCGUUACUGAUGGAGUACAAACGUAAGCAGAUAGAGGAGCAGCGGCAGGCGGAGCGGCUACAGAGGCAGCUCCAGCAGGAGAGAGCCUACCUGGUGUCUCUACAGCAGCAGCAGCAACAACAACAGCAGCAGCAGCAGCAGCAGCAGCAGCAGGAGGGAAGGCAAGCGGAGAAGAAGCCACUGUACCAUUACAAAGAUAUCAUCAAUCCUAAUGACAAGCCCGCCUGGGCUAAAGAGGUCCUGAAGCAGCAGCAGCAUGUUCAGGGUAACCCGUCCCGCUCCCAACUACGACACCACCAGUCAUUCAACCAACCGGCUUCAUCCCCUGGCUCUCACGGCCAGCACAGAGCUCAGGUCCCUAGGCGAACCGCGUCCCACGGUCCCCAGCAUCUCCCCACCCACCUCCCCGACAUCCGUAUUUCACUAGACCCCGGAGAACCCCUCGAUCCGGGGCUGAAGCAGGAGAUAAGUCAGCAGGUCAGAGAGUUCAGGGCUAAGAAUCUCAGACAGAGGAGCCGCAGCCCGGGACACAACCAGGAACACAGCCAUGCUCCUGGCCAAGGGCCCAGUAUGGGACCUAGUAUGAGUCAUUCUGGUCCAGGGCCAGUCAGCCAGUCUAAUCCAGCAAACAACCUUUAUCCUCUGGGGCCCCAGAAAGAGAAGCCCAGAGACAGGCCUCUCUCUGGCCCCGGUCAGGCAGCCAUCCAGGGGCUAAUGUCUCAGGACCCUGAGCUUAAGGCCCUUCAACCUCAUCCUCAGUCGUCCAGACACCAGUCCGUAUGUAACCCUGUAUGCAUCCCAGAGGUGAAACUGGUGGAGGAUCGAUCUAAGCUGAACAGACAGAGCUCCCCAGCGCUGCAGCACAAAGUGUCCAACCGCAUCUCCGACCCCUCCCUCCCUCCCCGCUCCGAGUCCUUCAGCAGCGGUGGCAUGCAGCCCGCCCGCACCCCACCCAUCCACCGCUCCAUCGAACCACAGAUGGCUCACCUGGUCCCAGUGAAGACCCACUCCGGCAGCAUGUCCGGCUCUCAGUCUCUGCAGGAACAGUCGGGCUCAGCUCUGAGCGAGGGCGUCAGCGCGGGCUCCCCCAGGCCCGAGAUGCCCCGCCAGAACUCGGACCCCACUUCUGACACCCCUGGAGCCCCGCUGCGCAUCACCGGCAGGGAGGAACGAGACAGAGACAAGGAUCGGGACAGGGCCGCCUGGCUGAGAGAGGAGGACAUCCCACCCAAGGUCCCCCAGAGGACCACUUCCAUCUCCCCAGCCUUGGUCAGGAAGAACUCCCCUAAUGGAGGAGUGGGUCUGGGCCCUCGCACUGGUUCUCAACUCAUACGGGCCAGUAACCCGGACCUGCGGCGCUCAGAGCUCUCUCUGGACGCCAUGCUACAAAGAACGUCCUCCAACUCGUCAUCUUCCUCCUCCCCUUCAUCUCAGGGAGGCUCAGCCGAGAGGAGAGGUCAAGCCAAGCAGGAAGGAUCCCCUCCAGGAGCCAAUCAGGAGGCCAAGCCCAAACAGGAGGAGGGCCGUGAAUCAGCGAGACCCAGCAGACCUGCAAGCUAUAAGAAAGCCAUAGAUGAGGAGGAGCUGGACCUAAGUGCAUUGGCUAAGGAACUCAGAGAACUGAGGGUAGAGGAAGGCAGCAGACCUCCAGUCAAGGUGACAGACUACUCGUCCUCUAGUGAAGAUUCAGAGAGCAGCGAUGACGACGGGGAGACGGUGGGGCAUGAUGGGACUGUUGCUGUUAGCGACAUCCCCCGCAUCAUGCCAGCAGUGCAGAGCAGCAGUGAGUCGUAUGGAGGGCUGACAGAGGACUCUCUGGGAGAGGCCUAUAAUAGCUCCAAGGACGGCACUCUAGUGAUGAGAGAGGCGGAGGAGAGGAGGAGAGGUGGCCACACUGAGAGUAAUGGGUUCGGCAAUCACAGUAACCAUGGUAACCUCCCUGACCUGGUGCAGCAGAGCAACUCUCCCUCAGCCACACCAACCUCAGCCCUGCAGGAACUGGGCGACAUGGCUGAGUUUGGUCUGGGCGGGUCCAAAGCGUCCUUCACCCCAUUCGUUGAUCCACGUGUCUAUCAAACUUCCCCAAGUGAAAAUGAUGAUGAUGAUGAUAGCUCAGCGGAAGCCAUGUUUGCUAAUGAGCUGCUGAGGCAGGAGCAGGCCCGACUAAACGAAGCCAGAAAGAUCUCCGUGGUCAACGUCAACCCCACCAACAUCAGACCCCACAGCGACACGCCAGAGAUCCGCAAAUACAAGAAGCGCUUCAACUCCGAGAUCCUGUGUGCUGCACUCUGGGGCGUGAACCUGCUGGUGGGGACAGAGAAUGGUCUUAUGCUGCUUGACCGAAGUGGACAGGGAAAAGUCUAUAACCUGAUCACCAGACGGCGCUUCCUACAGAUGGAUGUGCUGGAGGGGCUCAAUGUGCUGGUCACCAUAUCUGGUAAAAAGAACAAGUUGCGUGUCUACUACUUGUCCUGGCUCAGGAACAGAAUAUUACACAACGACCCGGAAGUGGAGAAGAAGCAGGGUUGGAUUACAGUCGGGGAACUGGAGGGCUGUGUGCAUUAUAAAGUUGUAAAAUAUGAGCGGAUUAAGUUCCUGGUGAUUGCUCUGAAGAACUCUGUGGAAAUCUAUGCCUGGGCUCCCAAACCCUACCACAAGUUCAUGGCCUUUAAGUCCUUCACUGAGUUGCAGCACCGUCCUCAGCUGGUUGACCUGACUGUGGAGGAAGGUCAGAGGUUAAAAGUCAUCUACGGCUCCAGCGUGGGCUUCCAUGUCGUCGACGUGGACUCGGGCAACCCUUACGACAUCUACAUCCCCUCGCAUUGUGCCAAACAGACGAAGAUCCAGAGCCAGGUGACGCCCCAUGCCAUCGUGGUGCUCCCUAAAACUGAUGGGAUGGAGAUGCUGCUGUGUUACGAGGACGAGGGCGUCUACGUCAACACCUACGGGCGAAUCACUAAGGACGUGGUGCUACAGUGGGGAGAGAUGCCUACCUCUGUUGCCUAUAUCCACUCAAAUCAGAUUAUGGGCUGGGGUGAGAAAGCCAUAGAGAUCCGCUCCGUGGAGACCGGUCAUCUGGAUGGAGUCUUUAUGCACAAGAGAGCCCAGAGACUCAAAUUCCUUUGUGAGCGGAACGACAAGGUAUUCUUCGCAUCGGUGCGUUCGGGAGGUAGCAGCCAGGUUUUCUUCAUGACCCUCAACAGAAACUCUAUGAUGAACUGGUGAUGGCUCUUCCCACCGUCCACUCUGCCUCACUCUGCCACUGGCCCGCCCGGCGACACACCUUGGCCCGACGGCACAUCUCACAAAUGAACCAGAUUAACCCGAGAGGCCACGAGUGAACUCUUUUAACACUGGAGAGACUAAAAACCGCGUAGUAGAGAAAAAAAAAAGUUAUCGUAGAGAAAAACAACAAAGACCUGAUCUAAAUGAAGAGACAUAGAUUAUGUCGGGUCAUGCAGAAGCCAUCGUUACUCAACUGACUGGCAAACUGGUGCCACUGACUUUCCAAAUAUCCUCUUCCUCUGUCUCUGUCUGUUUCGUCUGUCUCUUCUCUCCAAACGGACCAGUGCUUUCAACAGCUGUAGAAAAACGCUUUUCUUCUUCCCUUUGUCCCCCCCUCUUCUUAAUCCUCUACUCUUUCCCGGUAGAUCUAGUCAUCACUUUCUCAAUCCUUUGACACCCAUGUCCUCCAUUUUCCUCACCUCCUAUCUGCCAUGUGUGGGCUCACUCCCGGAGAACUUACACCUCAGAGGUCGGAAGAAUAGAUGAAUGAGAUUUAAUAUAAAUUCAAAUAUAUACUUCCGAGUAUGACAGCGCGGCGAGGGCAGCUGAGGGAUGACAAAUCUACUCCGGGUGUGAAAGCAGACAGCCUGAUUGAUUUUCUUUCUCCUCUGUCACUCCUCCACCUCCUCCUCCACUUCCUCCUCUCGCCGUCUUCUCGGGCCCCGAGUAAACCGAAUUGUGAUUUAGCGUUCGAUCGCAUCUCGCUGAUAGAGACGCGGCGAGACAAUCUGCUGUCACCGGCGGGUUGUCACAACAGUAUGCAAAGAUGACGUCUGUGUCCCUUUAAAAUGAAAUCACUGGUCCAUCCUUAUUUCCUCUUUCCCUCCUCCUGUCACCAUCACUCUUCCCACUCUUUAAACUCUGAAGGUGCUGCAUCAGAUAUACUGUAAUAUUAAAUGAACAAUGAGAGCGUCAUUCUGUUCAUUCUUUUAAUUUCUGUUCUUUUUUUUCUGUGACUGAGUCGGUCGGUCUUUGGAGCGGGAUGAAAUGUACAGCACAUCUGUGUUUCUGAAAUCAGGAGUGUAUGUUAGUGUGUGUGUGAGUGCGUGCAUAAGUGUUUUUGACGAUGUUGAAAUGAGUCCCAUUGAGAAAAAAAAUCAAGUUUGAAUCAAAGCGGGACGUUGAAAUCAACAGGCAGAAAAAAAGAGUCAAGUAAUUCUAUGCGUGACCUUUGACCUGAAUGCGAUCAAAAAAACAUUGAGUGUGUUUACAUGCAGAUUUAUGAUCUUCUUAACGUGACGUUUAUGAGUUGGUUUGUCUGAACGCCAAGCAUUUAAACAUAGGCAAUAUAAGUGGUUGGAGUGUUUUUUUUCUGUUCCCUUUAACAUAGCAGUGUUUUGGCUGUUCACAAACGCAGCCGUGCUGCUGUAGGGAACACGGAGACGCUCAUCCUGAAUACAACCUCAACAGAAUACGAGCUACAACCCCGAAUACUGUGUGCAUGUUGUUGAAAGCUGUGGCGUCCUUUUUGAAUCAUGCUCUUCCCUGAUUGGUUCUUCUGAUUUUUGGCUCCCACCUGUUUGUACAGUGCCUAGCAUGAUGUAAGCAAAACAAAAACGGAGGCCAAAAGAUUAUCACGUUAUGAUUAAUGAUUUCUAUUGCCAAUACGGUUCAUUUACACUGUUUCUUUUUGUGUGUGUUUUUAACACAUUGCUGAUGUUAUUUGUCUCUUCUAAUGGAGAUUAACACAUUUAAGAUUUGUUCUUUUGAAAGGAGUAACUGAAUAUGGUAGAAUAAAACCAUUUUUCUAAAUAGCACAGCUCAAUCAUUAAUACAUACUGUAUUAAUUUUUUUACACUAUUGCAGGCAGACUAGUUCAUGCAUCCACAUUGGAGAGCACUGUAAUGCAGAUUAGUCUUUUUUUCCUGGUGGAUGUACUGCAGGUUCGGCCUGCCAUGUUGGCCUAUGGUUAACAAACGCAAGGUGACACAAAAAGAAAGAUUCAUUCCCCAAUGAUGUAAUGAUCAUUUGAAUCAAUUUUAAAAUUAUUUUUAAAAAAUUCACUUAUAUUUUCAAGGACUUUUUUACACAUCCACACUGCAGCUGCAAGUUCACCGAUCUCUGCUAGGGAGGAGCAGGCUAACAUUUUAGCAAUAAAGAGCCGAGCUGAAGAAAACCACUGUCUUCCCUGUGUGUGUGUGUGUGUGUGCGCAUCUGUGUGUAUGAUUAAUGAGCAAGUGUGAAUGGGGCAUUAUUAUUAUUAUUAUUAUUAUUGUUAUUAUUAUUAUUAUUGUUUGUCCAUCACGGAAUUCACUCUUCCCAUCGGAAAAGGCUGACGGUCAUUACACUGAGGACUCUCCUUUCAAAGACGAAACCACUGUUUUCUUUAUUCUGUUUUAUUUCCUGUUUUCUUUUAUUUUGAAAGAGCAUUACUAAUGUCCUGUUUUGGGAUUUAUUUGUUUUGUAAAAGAGAUACUGUAAGAGAGAAAUAAAUGAAACUAGAGCAUUAUGUUA